AUGGCGUCACAGGGGCUGCAGAUCUUGGGCAUUAUGCUGGCCAUGAUCGGUUGGCUCGGCAGCAUAAUCACCUGCGCGAUGCCGAUGUGGCGGGUGACGGCCUUCGUCGGAGCCAACAUCGUGACGGCACAGGUCAUCUGGGAGGGCCUGUGGAUGACCUGCGUGGUGCAGAGCACGGGCCAGAUGCAGUGUAAGGUCUACGACUCCAUGCUGGCUCUGCCUCAGGACCUGCAGGCGGCGCGCGCCAUGACGAUCAUCGCCAUCAUCGUGGGCAUCUUCGGCGUGCUCAUGGCCAUCGUCGGCGGCAAGUGCACCAACUGCCUGGAGGACCAGAGCGCCAAGGCCAAGGCCUGCAUCGUCUCUGGCAUCAUCUUCACCAUCGCCGCCUUCCUAGUUCUGGUGCCAGUGUCCUGGUCGGCCCAUACGCUGAUUCGCGACUUCUACAACCCGCUGGUGACUGCUGCGCAGCGCCGGGAGCUGGGGGCCGCGCUCUACAUCGGGUGGGGCGCCUCGGGGCUCCUACUGAUGGGAGGGGGGCUCCUCUGCUGGAACUGCCCCCCCAGAGACCACCAGGCCUACGGAGCGGCCCAGUACGUCCCAGCCAGGUCCAAAACCUCAGGGGAUUACGUGUGA